AUGAAGACACCUGUAGAAGUUAAAUCAAGUUCUGAAUGGUCAAAACCUAAUGAUAAGAAAUCUGAGAAUAGUAAGAAUGUUGGAAAAGUUGAGAUUCGAACAUCUAAUGAUAGUACAUCAAAAGAAAUUAAUAUUGCACAAGCUAAUUCAAUUCCCUGUAUGAAGAAUGCCUUUCCAGAAGUAAUACCUGCACGUGAGAUCAGUUUGGAGCGACAAUGGUACCUGUAG